GCCCGCCCCUCUUCCGCAUCUGCUUUCCCUCAGCUGGGGAAGCGUUGCGCAACAACGGACCAGCGGGGCGGGGAAACCCGCUGCCUGCUAGCGGGAAGAAAUUGCUUCCGCCCGGCUGCCAGGCUGUGUGCGUCACAUCCGUGGGCUGCGUGGCCGCCGUUGUGCGUCGGCUGCGGCGACGUAGGGGCCCGCGAGCCCUCCCUCGACGGAACUGGCGGGAGGGGUUGUGCUCGCGAGCGCCCAGCGCUUCCGGCCGCCGCGCGGAGCCUGUGCGCAACGGCCCGGCCCCCGCGGGCGGAUGCGGUGCUGCCUGGUGAGCGCGGGGAGCGGCGUGCGGCUGGGGGAGGAAAUACACUCUUUGCAGAAAGAAGAAAGAUGGAAAGUAAUGCUGUUUUACUUGAAUCUAAGUCUUCACCAAUCAACCUGCUAAAUGAAAUGCAUCAGCUGCGUCUUCUGGGCCACCUGUGUGAUGUGACGGUUAGUGUGGAGUAUCAAGGUGUCCGUGGAGAGUUUGUUGCUCACAAAGCUGUGCUAGCAGCAACAAGUAAGUUUUUCAAGGAGGUGUUUCUUAAUGAGAAGAGCAUGGAUGGCCCAAGGACAAAUGUGUUCUUGAAUGAGGUCCAGGUAGCUGAUUUUGCUUCCUUUCUCGAAUUUGUUUAUACUGCCAAGGUAGAAGUGGAAGAAGACCGAGUGCAACGGAUGUUGGAAAUAGCUGAAAAGCUAAAGUGCUUGGACCUCUCUGAAACCUGUUUUCAGCUGAAGAAACAAAUGCUUGAAUCAGUGUUGUUGGAGUUGCAAAAUUUCUCUGAAACUCAGAACUCUGAGGAGGAGGGCGGUUCCCAGCCAACCAUCUCCUAUGAGUCCAAAGCAAAUGUUGUAGCAGAAAUUGACCAUGCAAACUUUCUUCCUGAUCCUCCAGAAUCCCCAGCAGAAAGGCCCAGCAAUGGAAUGUCUCCUGAGCUGCCAGCUGUUAAAUCGAAGGAGAAGGUAGACAAAAAAAAAGAAGCCAUUAAGCCACCAUAUGCUAAAAUCAGAAGGGCCAGUGGGAGGCUGGCUGGGAGAAAGGUGUUUGUGGAAAUCCCUAAGAAGAAAUACACGAGGCGACUGCGAGAGCAACAAACAAAUGCGGAGGUCGCUGCAGAAGAGAACAAGUUCCCAAACGACCAAACCAUGUUUGAAAUGGAGAAAGAAGAGGAGCAAGUGGAGAACACGGUGAAGCCUGAAAAUGAAGAGUGUGUUGGCAACUUUGAAUCUGAAGAAAACCUUAACAAAUCUGAAGAGGAGAAGAAGAAACGAGGUGACAACUUCAAAUGCAGCACAUGCAAGAAGGAGUUCUUAUAUGAGAAGAGCUUUCUCAAGCACAUCAAGCACAGUCAUGGCAUUGCAGCUGAAAUCAUUUACCGGUGUGAAACCUGCAACCAGACCUUUGCCAACCGGUGCAAUUUAAAAAGUCACCAACGCCACGUCCACAGCAGUGAGCGCCACUUCCCUUGUGAAUUCUGCGGUAAGAAGUUCAAGAGGAAGAAGGACGUCAAGAGGCACAUUCUUCAGGUUCAUGAGGGUGGUGGGGAGCGUCAUCAGUGCCAACAGUGUGGAAAGGGUUUGAGCUCCAAAACUGCCUUGAGGCUUCACGAAAGGACGCACACAGGCGACAAACCUUAUGGGUGCACAGAGUGUGAGGCUAAAUUUUCUCAGCCUUCUGCACUUAAAACACACAUGAGAAUCCAUACUGGUGAAAAACCAUUUGUCUGUGAUGAGUGUGGUGCCAGAUUCACACAGAAUCACAUGCUUAUAUAUCAUAAAAGAUGUCACACGGGGGAAAGGCCUUUUAUGUGUGAAACAUGUGGAAAGAGCUUUGCCUCUAAGGAGUACUUGAAACAUCAUAACAGAAUACAUACUGGUUCCAAGCCGUUUAAAUGUGAAGUUUGCUUCAGGACAUUUGCACAGAGAAAUUCACUUUACCAGCAUAUUAAAGUUCACACAGGUGAACGUCCCUAUUGCUGCGAUCAGUGUGGUAAGCAGUUCACACAGCUCAAUGCGCUGCAGCGUCAUCAUCGAAUACACACGGGGGAGAAACCCUUCAUGUGCAACGCAUGCGGGCGAACAUUUACCGACAAAUCCACCCUCCGGCGGCACACCUCAAUACAUGAUAAAAAUACACCUUGGAAGUCUUUCCUGGUUAUUGUUGAAGGAGCAUCUAAGAACAACGAAGGGCACAAGGCAGAACUUCCUGAUGCAGAGUAUGACGUGUCACCCAAAAUCACAGAGAAGCUGCUCUCUAUUGCUGAAAAUGGCCACUACCAGAACUUGACUAUCGUCCCAGGGAGUGUGACCACACUGCAUGACAAUGGCUGUACCAUGGGGACAGACUGUAAGUCUGAUGGGACAGUGGGACCCCAAGAAGCCCUCAUAGCUACCACUUUAAAUGAGCUUACAGUGCUGCAUACACAGACUGACUCUAUUCAGCCACAGCUCCAUGCUCUGGUAAACAUGGAAUAAGUUGGUAUUGUUCACAUAUCCAACCUGGACUAUAAUUCUUUCAUACCCUUUGACUCUGCCAAUAACCCAUGGAUAGAAUUAGGUCAGGCUAAUUCUCCUCAUUAGGAGGAGGGACUGGCUGUGAAUGGCAUCCCCAUGAUUUCUUGAAUUUCAGAUCUCCUUUGUGACUAUGAAGUGGUCAUUAUUUCCAAUUUGCGUAGUCUGGCUGUAGCUCCUUUUCCCAAAGAAUAGGGUAGAAUAGUAACUACCAGUUGGAGGAGCAGGGGAGGGGGCAGUUCCCUGUCCCCAUCACAUUAGUAUGGCAGUCUUGAAAUUCACUGGUCUCUGAUGUCAUGGCAAUGUUCAUUUAUUCUAUCCGUUUAAUCUCUGGAAGUGUAUCCAUCCAAGAUCUUUUACUUAUCCUUUUCUGCAAAGGUAUGUUGAACCCGUUCACCCCUUGGUAUGGAUAUGCUAGGAGCAGUUCCUUAGGAAAGAGAGAGGGCAUAGGUUUGAUUCGGCUUCCCACCAGCUUGAUUCCACAAUGUGGGUAAAUGACGCUUUCACAUCUCUGGGCCUGAUAGCUAAUGGAAUUCGGUUAAUUUUCUCUGGAAAUAGGUCUCACUUAAAAUGGUUAAAACCACUUCCUGAAAUUAAUUUUCCUCUCUGCCUUUUUCCAAAGAUUGGAGCAGUAGGAGCAAGUCUGGAAAAGCAGAGUUGCAUUCCAAGGGGUCUCAUUUUGCAAUAGCAAAAAAUGUGGAAACUUCAGGCUGUAGGAUUUGGUGUUACAAAAUGGAUUGCAAUGUCUUGAAAUAGCUUGUGGCCUUCUAUUUCUGACCUCCAGUAAUAUGUGUCAGAGCUUUUGAUCCAACAGGUUUAAUCCAGCAGGCUUAAUAUUUUUGGCCUAUUAAUUGCUCUAACAUAAAAGCUUUACUCCUUCAGAACUUGAAGCUUUUGCAUAAGAGACUAAACUCCUUUCAGCAAAACUACCUCAUGGAAGGCUCUCAGGGCUGCUCUGUGUUUGUUUUGCUAUAGGAGCUGUACAAAGCCUAGUAGAGGCACUGGCUGUAGCAGCAAAAAUCUUCUUGUUGAUUAGACCACUCUGCCACCUCCGAAAGAGCUCUUGUCACUAAGUUAAUGUCUGCCCAGGGGGUUGCUGUCAUAGCCAUCAGUGAUGGGUGUGUUUUCUCUUCUCCCUUAGGUGUCCUACUACAACUUUGUAGUAUAGAUCAGGCCUUAAAUUACAGGAUUAAGAUUUAAAGCCGCUGCAGGGGCUGGAAGAAAAAAAAAAAAAGAUAAAUGAUGUAAUUCUCAAACUCGUACACCUUCAUCUUACAAUUGGAUCUGAUACAGUAGACCUCCACUGACUUAAUAGGGCUUCAUACAAGGGCAGGGAAAGAUCCAUUUGCAAGAGGUGUCUGUGCAUGGUAUGUGGAAAACAGUGGGCAUGUCUACAUGUGUGCUGGACUGUACUGUCACAUUUAGUACUUAAGUAUUAAAUGACUCCACAGUCCCAAUGCCACAUGGGUCACUACCAAAGCUACUGUGCAGUAGCAUCAGGAGUCACGGUUCAUGCCCACCAACACUACAGUGACUUACUGUCUUGUGUAGAGGUGCCCAGUGAGGCUCAGGAGUAAGAAUAUAGGCAAGGGUCCUCAUUGCAGUGUCUGAAAGAUUUAGAAAACUUGUGAACAGGCAUCUCCAUGAUGACUUCAGUGAAGCUUUUCUAUAAUUCAGUGUUAGAAAUAGUGCAGGUUUGGGCUGGUGCCUGAAAAACAAGACUGUGAAACUAACAGCUGAGGCAAGUGCCAAAAAUCACAUUAAUGAUGACUGCAUGUCCAUGCAUUUUCCUCCUUAAAGGGGGUAGAGAGUAUGUGCAGUGGAAACGUAUAAUGGGUUUAUCUUGACAAUGUGCCUUUUUACAUAAAAGAAGGUGAUUAAGAGUUAGAUGGUUUUAAAGGUAUUUAGACCUCUUCAGUGACAGGUGGGGGUUCUAAAACCUUUAGAAAUCUGGGCUCAAGUGUUUGCUCUGAAGCUUCUUAUCCCAAGAAUAAUCCUUAUGUGAAUCUCAGUUAAGUUAACGCCAUUUCUCAGAACUGGGAAUUACAGGGAACAUGCAGGCCCAUUCCUUAAAACAGCCCUUUCUCCAUUCUUCUCUCGAGAAAAGAAACCCAAUGCACACUGCCUGGUCAUUAUUAGUAGUAGGUAGUCAUGGUUUUUACUCCUUGUUUUGCAAUGAGAAGAAUAAUAUUGUAUAGAUGGCAAAGGGGACACAACAGGGAUAUUUCUGAAGAACCAUUUCUUCCAGCCUAAGCACUUUCUAAGUAAGCUGAAAAUUAAGGUUUGUGUUCUCCCUACAUGGAUUGGCUUGUUAUUUUUUGUUACAAAACACAAAUGGAAUUUUGAUAUGGAAUUACUAUGAUCAACUGAGCAGAGGUAGUUAAGACUUGAGAGAGAGUGGAGCAGGAUUAGCCCAGAGUACUCGGCUACAGUUACCAGCAUCAUCUUGGGUUAUUUUUAGAACCUAGGACUACCUGGAAGAGAGCUCUGUGCUAGGAAACACUGUGGGAAUAUUACAAAGCAGUUAAUAUCAGUACAGCUUGUGCUUUUAGUAAGCAUCUGUGAAAUUAAUCGAGAACAAUUCCACAUCGCCCUUGUUUAGGUUACUUGUUCCAGUUCAGGGCCAAACCCACACAACUCUACCAGUUUACACUAGCUGAAAAUCUGCCCUUUUGUGUUGCAACUCAGUUUUUUUGUGUGUGAAUUGUUUCUCUUACUUAUAUUAAAACUUUAGUAUUUUCACAGUAACCUCAUUGGCUGAAGCUUUUUCUUUUAAGAACCAACUUGAGAAAAGCUUGCAGUAAUACCUUAAGUAGGCCAGGAACAGAAUCCCUCCAUCUCCUUAGGACCCACACUAGUAUACAAAGUGCCACAAGUCACUGAAUUGUGGAACAGACUUAUUUUUGCAUCUUAAAAUAUUCCUGAUGUUACUAUAGGAAGAGGGACUUGAGGAAAAGAUCUCCAAGAGGUUAUAUUUGAAAUAUUUAUUCAUAUGUUCCUUUUGAUGUUCAUGAUUCCUAAUGAUCAGUGUAAGAUGGUUGUAGAUAUAUUUAAAUUCUCAGCAUUAGCACUUGUAGACAGGGAAGCUUUUGUAUUCUGAAUAUAUGGAAAUGAGUUACCUGUAUAAGCUGUUCUUAUUAAACUAUUAUUGCCCUUUCCAUAAAUGA